AUGUCUAGCAAGAGUCAGAUGAAGAAAGCCUUUCUAGGCCUUCUGGCCUUCUCUGCCCUCGGCCUCGCGCGGAAUGGUCAGCAGGACGAACUGGAAACCAGUCAAUUCAAUGCCGACACUCAGCCUGCGGCCAUGAGAGGUGGUAACAGACUGGAAGCUGCUCAACGAUUCCAACCUCAACCUCAACCUCAGUUUGGCAAGAGCCGCAACGGCGGACGCAACGCGCGCCUCAACAGUGUAUACGGCUUCGGUGGCAGCAACAACAACAACCAGCAGUUCGAUCCCUCUCAGCUCGAUGACUCCGAGUUCGAGGACGACUCCCAGCCAUAUGGUAGCAGCCAGCGACUUUCCAACUCGGACCAACGCACCCGACCAAGUCGGCCUCAGUCCAUCCGCUUCCAAGGCGGAAACCGAGGCCAGAGCCAGAACCAGCAGCAAGGCAUGUGGCGAGGCCAGCCAGGUCAACCCAUCAUCUUCAACCCACCAGGCUCGCGUCAAGUCUGCCCAUUCGACGAGCAGAAGGGUCCAAACAUUCUCAUCGCUCAAGUUAGCGUUCCUGCUACACCACCAACCCAGGAGAUCGAUGCCUGGAGCUUCGGCGACAACUGGUGUUCCAACGCAAACUCUAUGUCUGACACACAGGAUAUCUGCUCGCUUCAGGACGGCCGCGAGUUCAUGCACGUUCCACUUACGGAUAAGUUUGGUGCGCUGGAUACGCAGUGCUAUGCGAACUUCAAGGUCUGGUUCAGCGGGUGCUCGUACAACGAUGACGGAAGCAUGAACUACGAUGAUGUUGUUGCCAUUAUGGAGAACACUGAUACCAAAGAUGUUGUCCUCUACGAGUGCAGACAAGACUCGGAGCACAGGGGUUGUUUGUACAAUGGACAGCUCCCAGUACCAACGCAGACCGACUUCGAGGCGUUCUUGAUCUGUGGUAUUCAGGCUGAGCCAUGA